CUCGAUGUCAGACACUCAGCUCCGUGUGUUUACUCUUAAUUGCUGGGGCUUGAAGUAUGUCUCCAAGAACAGGUCCGAACGCAUAACGGCCAUUACAAGCUUCCUGGCCCGGUCAGACUACGAUAUUAUCGCUCUGCAGGAGCUCUGGGUGUACUCAGACUACGAGAAAGUACGCUCCAGCGUUAUAAAGCGUCUACCCUACUCCAAGUUCUUCUAUAGCGGGGCCCUGGGUGCGGGGUUGGCGAUAUUCACGCGCUUCCCCAUCGUGGCUGCCACGAUACACCCGUACUCUUUGAAUGGCUCCCCGAUGGAUGUCGCUGGUGGGGAUUGGUUUGUAGGUAAAGCAGCCGCGAGCGUUCUAGUCACACACCCUGUGCUCGGGCAGAUCCAGAUAUUCAAUACACAUCUGUUUGCGAAGGGAGGCGAAGGGGGGCCUGAGCACCACAGAGCACAUCGUUUAGUGAACGCAUGGGAAUUCGCUAAGCUGGUGAAGCAGUCCGCCGAAUUAGGUCGCUAUGUGAUUUCGGCAGGCGACUUCAACAGUAUCCCCACGACAUUGCCCAUGACUGUCAUCCGGGACCAUGCAGGCCUCCAUGACGCGUGGGUGGCCACGCAUCCCUCAACAUCGUCACCCAGGUCAGCGCCAUCGCCUUACGACGCCAUCCAAGUGCAUGGCGUCACGGCAGACUCGCCCAUCAAUUCCUACUCGGCGGGCAAGCCUCUGGACAUAUACGCGCGGGCCGCGCAGGGCAAACGCCUAGACUAUGUGCUCUACCGCGACCCACACCAUCACCCGCUCUCGUCCCCGCUGUCCUAUCGCAAGCUGGUCUGCGCGAACACACGGGUCAUGCUCACGGAGACCGUGCCCGGUCGCUCGUUCUCCUAUUCAGACCACUUCGGCCUCGAGGCGACGCUUCUGAUCCAGCACCCCGAGGCGCACGAAAAUACGCUCCCUUCCGACCCGUCCGCGCUCGCCGACGUGCCUAGCGUAUCCUCCGUCUCAGCAACCGCGCCGACAACACCGUCGACACAUCUCUCCGACGCCUCCGCGACGGCGAUCCUACAAGCCCUUACGACGUGCUACCGCCAUGCGCGGGCGCGCUCACAGCAGGAGCUUCUUAUUUUCGUCCUCUGCGCCGUGCUGGUUGUCGCAUUUGUGAUUGGCGCGGCAUGGUUGCCGCACACAGCCUAUGCGCCUAUUUUUGCGUUCGGCGCCGCCUUUUCGACAUGGCUGGGCACUACGAUGCUUUAUAUCGGGUUCGUCUAUGGGCGGUGGGAAGUCAAUGCGCUCAUGAACGUCAUAGAGGAGCUAGAGCUAUACCGUCGAGGUAUCGACUCGACUGCAGGACAGGGUGGGGUCGAGGACACGAGCCGCGGGAGCUGAGUGUCCUCUGAUACAUAUUUGUCCCAUCGACAUUUGAUCCAUCCAGUUAUUGUCGUACGACCAUCUGAACUCUUUUAUCAG